UAUUACUUCGAUGAUUAAAAAUUUUCCGGCUUAGAUCUGACACUGUCCAGGAGCGACUGCGGGAAAACCUAUGACAUGGAAGAGAUAGACGAGGAGGCGUAUGUAACGUAUAAUGGCGCAUGGUUAGGUAAAGAGGAGUGUUCAGUACAGUUCGUUAACUAUCAAGUAUAUUCGAAGCGAAUCUGUGUUAAACCAGUUAACCUCAAGAUUGGCUGUUCUACAAAGGUGGAAUACCACAGGCACUUUUUUUCUAAAUUCUGGGAUCCAGAGAAAGUACUUACCUGUGGAGCUACUUAUUCCAAUGAGUGGUGUGGACCAUUGAGGACAACGCGGUUUUACUUAUUGUUCAGGACAUCUGGGAGGAAUUCUGAUGAUUUUGUUAAAAUGCAUUUGUAUUUAAAAUUUUAUCCGAGAGAUGAUGAUGGUGAUGGCGACGAUACGUCGGACGAAGGUUCAAGUAGUUCUUCAUUUGGUAUUGUUUUUCCAGUGGUAUGUGCGGUUGUGGUAAUAUUGGUGAUAUGUAUCGUUUUCUGUGUAGUAGGAUGUAAAAGACUUCAGAGACCGAGUGUCUUGAGAACUCCAGAGAUGUAUCGGCCUACUAGUGGACAGAGUAGUAUGCAGACAGGUCCAGGAUAUGCCACUCCAGCGCAGCCUAUGAUUGGUUACCAACCUCCGCAGCAAUCUCAGUUCCAGCCAACAAUUCAAGGCAGUUACCAGCUACAUCCUGUGCAAGGUAACUAUCAAGUUCCUCAGCAACAAGAAAGUAGUCCGGCAACUGGAUAUCAGCCUGUUCCUCAGGGAGGAAUCGGACGUCAUAGCCCUGUCGACUUUCAAGGAAGAUUUCAAAGUCCCUCAGCACCGCCAUUUACCGAUGAAGAUCUCCCGCCAUCGUAUGAAAGUGUUGUAAAGUAAUGGUUCUUUUUUCUUGACUGCUGAUAAAAUAAUGGUGUGUAAGAAAACAGUCAGUUCCUCAGCGAGUUCGAAAUACACGUGCAUACCUCAUACUGUUAUGUUUAUUUUUAUAGAUAAAUAAAUGAUAGCCAUAUUUGUGCCUAAAGCAAUAGAAAUAUGUAAAUGUGCCUGAAGCAAGUGCCAACCAAUGUUUUUUCGUAUAUAAAGAAAGACACCAUUUAAAUGUUUUGUGCCAUGUGAGUUUUGAUUGCAUUAUUUUGUAAAGUAAAAGAUAUUAUAAUUGUUGUUAAAAUUUCGGCGGUGGUCUUGACGAGGGUUGCAAUGUUUUCGAUUAUUUGAUCCGCCCUUUCCGUAACGUGGUUUUCCCUGAUUUCUCUUUAAAUAAAAGAUUAUUGAUAUUACUCAUUAUUUUAAAGAGCUCAGAGGAUUGUAAUAUGGAAUUUUUAAAUUUUCAGUUUAUCUUGAUUGCGUUUAAAUUCAUCGCCAAAAUCAAUGUUGGUUGGAUAUUUUCACUGUAGUUGAUAGCCAGCAAGUUUUGACACACAAAAUUUAAAUUGUACUUUAUUUGCGAGUUGUUUUGCAUAAAGUCAUACUUCCAAGCAAAUACUUUGUAUUGUUUACAAAUAUUCAACUUUAUUCCUUGAAUAAUGUGGCGUCAGUAUGACUUAUCCUCUAUAUCUAACAUACGGACCUAACAUAUUUCCGCGGAAAGUCAUGAACAAACCGUAUUUUUAAUUUGUUUUAUCGACUGCUUAUUUCUUUUGUGCCUAGAAAGACAUGGAAUUAAAAAACUUAUCAAGUCUCUCUUCAAAAAUACAGACAGUCAACAAGUGACCACAUUUAAACCAAUGAAAAUACUAGACUCUUGGGAGGUAAACAAAAAGCAAUAUGAUAGUCUCUAUUCUCAAUCUAUGAGAUUAUCUCCUUAGAUUUCACACCAGUUAUGGCAACUAUCUGAAAUAGACAUUCAAGGACUUUGGACUAAUGUAGACGCGGCAUUCGAUGCUUCCAAAUGAUCAUCAUUUUACAUUUCAUUAACUAUCACAUCAGCAACCUUUAAGUGCCGUGUGGCGGCCGUAAAAAGUCUCCCAAUACUUAGGUUUAGUGUUGUUAUAUUAUCAUGAAGUUUAUACAAUAUCUGGGUAAUAUAACUCCUAGGGGGUUGUUGCACUUUCCAUUAACCCGAAACUAAUUCAAACAAACUGAGUCUGCUUUUAUUUUGCUUUCUAUUUUUUACAGAAUUCUUUAACAUUAUGAAGCACCUAUACGCUAAGAGAUUAUACUCUCAGGCGCUCAGUAAGUACCACGCUUGUAUGUAAUUGUCGUACUUGAUUUUCUGAUGUACUAAAUGAUUGGUCAAUGAAUAUUUGUAUCAAAGAAACAUCAGUAUAAGUUCAAAGUACUUUUUAGAAGUGAUUAUUUAUCAAUAUAUUUUACAUAUACAAUUUACAAAAGACUACCAUAACACUAUUCACAGUGCAUUAAUGUUAACCGGUGGUUUGUUUCAUGUUACAUAUAUGUUACAUUAUUUUAUUACCAUUUGUAAAUCUAUGUAUGUAUGGUUGUUUUUUAUUGUAAUUUUUAUUAUUCUUUACAUAUAAAAUUAUUGCUUCAGUAUUUUAUGCUUCUUAAAACUAUGUCAUAUUGUUAUUUAUUUGUACCAACUAUCCAAUAAAAUAUAUUAAC